UUUCUUCUUUUUCUCAAUGCCAAACCUGUUAAAUGGUCAUUAACCAGUCUAUUGUUACCUUAACUUGGUUGUAGCAGAUUCUUGCAGCCAUGAAUCUUUCUAAUGGCAAUGAACCACCAAGAAGGUUGGAGGGAAAGUUCCAAGCCAUGGUGGUUUGUUUCAUUCUUGGAUUGGGAUCUCUGGUUGCUUGGAACAGUAUGUUGACAGUAGGAGAUUAUUACUACACUCUGUUCCCUAGAUACCAUCCAUCGCGUGUGCUCACCCUUGUUUAUCAACCCUUUGCACUUGGUACUAUGGCAAUACUGGCGUAUAAUGAGUCAAGGAUCAACACUAGAUUGAGGAACUUAAUUGGCUACUCUCUUUUCUCCGUCAGUACUUUGCUAGUGCUUGUUUUAGACCUAGCAACAUCAGGAAAAGGGGGAAUCGGACCUUACAUUGGUAUAUGUGUCCUUUCUGCUUGUUUUGGAAUUGCAGAUGCUCAUGUCCAGGGUGGCAUGGUCGGAGACCUGUCUUUUAUGUGUCCUGAGUUCAUCCAGUCUUUCUUUGCUGGUUUAGCUGCCUCGGGAGCUCUAGCUUCUGGUUUGAGACUUGUCACCAAAGUAGGUUUUGAGAAUUCAAAGAAUGGUCUUCGGAAAGGGACUAUGCUAUUUUUUGCAAUCUCCACCGUUUUUGAGUUUUUCUGCAUAAUUCUAUACGCAUUUUACUUCCCUAAGUUGUCCAUAGUAAAAUAUUACCGUUCAAAGGCUGCUUUAGAAGGAUCAAAAACUGUAUCAGCUGAUCUUGCAGCUGCCGGCAUUCAUAACGAGACCAACCAUCAAGUUGGAUUCGAUGCUAAAAAUCAAGACCGGCUGAGCAAUAAACAACUAUUUCUACAGAACAUUGAUCUCGCAGCUGAUUUGUUUCUAAUAUAUGUGUUAACACUAUCAAUUUUCCCUGGAUUUUUGUAUGAAAAUACUGGAUCUCACCAGCUAGGAACAUGGUACCCUCUUGUUUUGAUCGCAAUGUACAACGUGUUUGAUCUAAUAUCCAGAUAUAUUCCCCUUAUCAAAUGCCUGACUUUGGAAUCCAGAAAGGGUUUACUCAUUGCAGUGCUUUCUAGAUUCCUGUUGAUUCCAGCAUUUUACUUCACAGCAAAAUAUGGGGACCAGGGAUGGAUGAUCAUGCUCGUGUCUUUCUUGGGACUAACCAAUGGUUAUCUCACUGUAUGUGUAUUUACCAUCGCACCAGAAGGUUACAAGGGCCCUGAACAAAAUGCACUGGGUAAUUUGCUGGUGCUGUUUCUUUUAUGUGGCAUAUUUUCUGGGGUUGCUCUUGAUUGGCUGUGGCUCAUAGGAAAAUCAGGCUUUUAAAAGAACUCAGUAGUGUAUGUAAAUUUGCUUGUCUCUUUGAGCCAUGUUGCAGGCAGGGGAGAAAAUAAUUGAAUAUAACAAGAUUUUCUCUUUUAUCCCCAACUGGCUAACAUGAGAAGCUGCUGCAAGUUACGUGCUUUCGAGCAUGUCAAAGUAUUUAAUACAUUUUAUUAUUUACCCUAUAUUUGGGAAAAUUAAAUUCAAAAGUUUGAGCUAUUUUUAUGAUAAGAAAACUGUUUGUAA